UAACACAGGCUUGUUGUUAGCUCAUUUUGGUUCCGCUCUGCUCCCUGGUCUGAAGUGACAGCUGAUCAGACGCAAUGUUUCGCUGUUUGAGAAACGUCCAGCGAUUUAACUGUAACCUCCAGGCGUUACAGAGGAACAUUGACAACACAAAGUACAGUCCUGUAGCAGGAGUUAUCCUCAUAUCUUCCAGAAUGUCUUCAGAGUACAGAAUUGAAGCAGACACCUUUGGAGAGCUGAAGGUGCCAGUUGACAAGUAUUAUGGGGCUCAGACAGUCCGGUCCACCAUGAACUUCAAGAUCGGAGGACCGUCAGAGAGAAUGCCAAUCCAGGUGAUCAAAGCCUUCGGGAUUCUGAAGAGGGCUGCUGCAGAGGUCAACAAGGACUAUGGACUGGACCCGAAGCUGGCUGAUGCCAUCGUGCAGGCUGCUGAUGAGGUGGCAGCUGGUAAGCUGGAUGAUCACUUCCCUCUGGUGGUGUGGCAGACCGGUUCAGGAACUCAGUCCAACAUGAACGUCAACGAGGUGAUCAGCAACAGGGCCAUCGAGAUCCUCGGAGGGAAGCUGGGGAGCAAGGACCCUGUUCACCCCAACGACCACGUCAACAAAAGCCAGAGCUCCAACGAUACGUUCCCCACAGCCAUGCACAUCGCAGCAGCCAAAGAGGUCCACGAGGUUCUGCUGCCUGGUCUACAGCACCUCCACGACGCCCUGCACGCCAAGGCUGUGGAGUUUAAAGACAUCAUCAAGAUCGGACGCACGCACACACAGGACGCUGUACCGUUGUCUCUGGGACAGGAGUUCGGCGGGUACGUGCAGCAGGUGAAGUACAGUAUUGAGCGAGUGAAGACGGCCAUGCCCAGAAUAUAUGAGCUGGCAGCAGGAGGUACUGCCGUGGGCACAGGCCUCAACACGCGCAUCGGCUUCGCUGAGAAAGUAGCUGCUAGUGUCGCCUCUCUCACAGGUCUGCCUUUCCUGACUGCUCCUAACAAAUUUGAGGCUCUGGCGGCCCACGAUGCUCUGGUGGAACUGAGCGGAGCGUUGAACACGGUGGCCGUCAGUAUGAUGAAGAUCGCCAACGAUAUCCGCUUCCUGGGGUCCGGGCCCCGCUCUGGCCUUGGAGAACUCUGUCUGCCUGAGAACGAGCCUGGUAGCAGCAUUAUGCCUGGGAAAGUGAACCCCACCCAGUGUGAAGCCAUGACCAUGGUAGCAGCCCAGGUUAUGGGAAACAACGUGGCUGUGACUAUCGGAGGCAGCAACGGACACUUUGAGCUGAACGUCUUCAAGCCAAUGAUGAUUAAGAACGUGUUGAACUCAGCAAGGCUGCUGGGAGAUGCCUCAGUCUCCUUCACUGAUAACUGUGUGGUGGGCAUUGAAGCUAACAUCGACAGGAUCAACAAACUCAUGAAUGAGUCCUUGAUGCUGGUCACCGCCCUCAACCCACACAUAGGUUAUGACAAAGCUGCUAAGAUUGCCAAGACGGCUCACAAAGAGGGAGGAAACCUCAAGGAAACUGCUAUCAAGCUAGGAUACCUGACAGCAGAAGAGUUUGACGCAUGGGUCAAGCCGCAUGAGAUGCUGGGACCCAAGUAGAACACCGACACGCUGCAGAAUGUCUACGGUUAUAAAUGUCUUUGUGUCUUUGUACAAAUAAAAACAUUUUUUUUUUUUUUUUUGAAAACGCGUUGUAUUUUAUUUCAACUGUUAUUUUACAGCAACGACCUGGGGAAUAGUUACAGGGGAGGAGGAGGAAGGGGGAUGAAUGAGCCAAUUUAGAUGUUCCGUUCCUCAGUGCAGGAACAGACAGACGUGAUCUAUGGACAGAUGACUGCUGAUCGUGGAAGUGACUAUCUUUCACCUUUUUGUUGUUGUAUUUUGUUCAACAUUGGACUUCCAGUUAACUCUUUUCAGUGAAGGCGAGUAGAUGUUACGGUAAAAAGGGUUUCUCAUCUAAAUAAAAUAAGGAUACGUGGUUUCCUUUUAGAAAGAUGUUCAAGCUAUUAUCUUGGUCAUUUGUCUACUUCCUGCGUUAUCUUGGUCAUUUAUCCACUUUCCUGCAUUAUCUUGGUCAUUUAUCCACUUUCCUGCAUUAUCUUGGUCAUUUAUCCACUUCCUGCAUUAUCUUGGUCAUUUAUCCACUUCCUGCAUUAUCUUGGUUAUUGAUCUACUUCCUGCAUUAUCUUGGUCAUUUAUCCACUUUCCUGCAUUAUAUUGGUAAUUUAACCACUUCCUGCAUUAUCUUGGUCAUUUAUCCACUUCCUGCAUUUCCUGAACUAUGUCUUUCCCCAUUCUGAGAAAGAUGCAUCUAUUUAUGUCUUUAAAUGAAUACGGUGUGACAUUAGAUCCAAGGAAGAGAGUAUCAUUUAGUGAAAUCUUCAGUAUGACAUUUUGUCCACCUGUAAUAAUUGGCCUACUGCUAGUGGGGGACUCCAACCCAUGUACACCCCAGCCCAAGUCACCUUGCCUCCUGUUAAAGUCAUUGGUCUGGGGACAGGGUAAUUAGGCAACACUAGUGUUCCACCAGAGAGCCAAGGCCAGUUGCAUGGUGCCUGAAAGUGAUUUGUUUUGCCCAAGGAAGCUACAAUUGAAUGCUCUUACAGAGCUAUCCCUCGAUGUACUGUACCAUUUUGCCAUAAUAAAAAAACAAUAAAUCCUAAUUUUGCAUCAAA